AUGGUUAAACGGGCUCGAAUAUUUUAUUCACUCUCAAAAAGUAUAUUCGAAAAUUUGGCAUUUGAGGAAUGGUUGUUCCGACAUCACCAAAUUGAGAAAUUCGGUCAUGCGAUCCUAUUUUGGAGUAAUAAUCCGACGGUCGUUAUUGGAAGGCAUCAAAAUCCGUGGAAAGAAAUAAAUAUUGAAUUCGUGAAGGAACGUAAUAUCGAUAUCGUUAGACGGCACAGUGGUGGCGGCGCUGUUUACCAUGAUCUCGGCAACGUGAAUAUCUCCAUACUAACCGAACACAAAAAUCAUCAUCGAGCAGCAAAUUUGAAGCUGAUCGCCAGUGCUCUCAACGAUGCCUACCAGCUUGAGUUAAUACCGAAUACGCGUGACGAUUUGUGGCUUCAACCUGGUGAACGUAAAGUUUCUGGAACCGCAGCUCGUAUUGCGCAUGGACGUGCCUAUCAUCAUAUGUCGCUGUUGGUAGACACGGAUCUGCCGACACUUAAAAAAUCUCUAAAAUCGCCACUCGAGGGAGUGAUCACCACGAAUGCAACUGCGAGUGUUCGCGCUCCAGCAGUUGGUUUUCUGACUCAAGACGAUAUUCGAAUAACGACCCAAAAUGUUAUUGCCAUUAUCACUGAUGCUUUCAAACGUCAAUACGAGGCGAGUACGCAUCAGUUCGAGACUGAAGAUUGCGUAGUGGAAAACGUUAUGGAUGAGAAGCAGUUUCCUGGAGUAGGCGAAAAUGACGAACUUUUACGGAGUUUCGAUUGGAUAUAUGCAAAAUCGCCGAAAUUCACAAUUCGCUUGCCAAACAAUAUAUAUCAUGUCGAAAGAGGCAUCGUCAAACAUGUGGAUGGCCCAAGGACCGACAUGAUUGGCUCACUGUUCCCUGCAUCAGUUGACGGAUUGUAA